AUAAGACUCAUUCAUUCUUCCAUUGUUUGCUUUUAUGCGCAACGGUCAAACAUCAAUACUCUGUAGGACACUAUUGACAUCAACUGACUCAUUUUCUAUUGGCCUUCCUUCCCUGCACCCUACAAUAUCAUUUUGAAAAACUGCACCGUUCGCGAAGCUGGAAUUGCUUACAGCAGCGUUUUUAAUUCAGAAAUAUUUACAGCAUACUACAUCAAUGAACACGAUAAAUUGAUCGGUAGCCUCCAUUCAUUUGCGCUCUUGGCACCCGCCCACUCCGUUCAUCAAACUUGUGACCUAUUGGUACAAGCAUGAAGAGGGGAGCCACUGGGAGGCUUUGCCGUCUUGAGGAUAUAAAUACGAGGAGGAGGAAGAGCAGCUUAAGUCAUUCAGGACCUUUUCACCCGUAUCCGCUUGGCUUCUGGACACCAAAUUUGUGAGAUAUUGUUCACCAUGAAAGUAAGUAUUAAGAUUCCCUCAAAUGACACUAUGGAAGAUUUAAUUUGUAACAAUGUUGCGUUUUAAUUGAUUCUUCAAGACUGUUAUAGUGGCUGGAGUUUUCAGCUAUUUUUAAUAUUUUGAAUGUCUCGUAAGCAAAUCACAUAAUAUGCAAAUGGUGUUAUAAUCCAAAAAUUAUGUUAUGACAUUGUAUAUUAAAUGAUUUUGCCUCUACAGGGUUUGAAGACUGUCACUUUAAUUUAUAUUCUCACUCUCUUACUGGUUGCAUUUGUCACGCAAAGCCAGAGUGCACCGAAGGGCUCUUUUCAAAGGAGAAACUGGACACCGCAGGCUAUGAUGUACCUUAAAGGGACUCAAGGACGCAGGUUCAUCUCAGAAGACCGGAAAGAGGGAGACGUGUAUGACACUUUACAUUUAGAGACCCGCAGUCAGAACACAGAAAAGCUGAGCGUGGACCAAGCUGCCACCAUUUUGCUCAACUUUUUGCAGCAGGCCAGUGAUGGAGCUGUUGAAAACCCAGAGGAGGUGUACUUUCAGGAAAUGCCAGUGUGGAAGAGAGAAUACUUCUGAAAGCGCUCCACUUCGUAGUUUGAAAGAUGUCGUUAUUCAUUUUUGCGUGGAGGAGAAGAAAAGGU